AUGAUGGAGCAAAAGGAGCGUUCGCCUUCAACGGCGUCAAUCCCUAUUGCAUCGACCACACCUGCUACCGAAGCGCCAUCACAAACGCCAGACGACAAGGAGAAGGAGGGGUCUUUUAAGUUCUACUUGCGCGUCUUCAAGUACAACGACACCCGGGGAUGGAUCAUCAACGCCGUCUCCUUUCUCUGCAUGAUUGCAUCGGGCACCGCCCUCCCCUUGAUGGAUGUCGUCUUUGGCUCCUACGUCAAUGUGUUCAACCAAUUUGUCGCCGGCACCAUGUCGCCGGCUGAGUACCGCAAACAGGUGGCGCACUAUGCCCUCUAUUUCAUCUAUCUCUUCAUCGGAAAGUUUGUCUUGACGUAUAUCUGGACGGUCGCCGUCUCCAUCACCUCCAUCCGUGUCGUCAAGAAGAUGCGCGUCGACUUUGUCCGCCAGACACUUCGUCAGGAGAUUCCCUUCUUCGACGCCCCCUCCAGCUCCAUCUCCAGUCAAAUCACCACAAACGGUAACCUCAUUACCAACGGCAUCGCCGAGAAACUCGGCAUCACCAUCCAGGCCCUCUCCACCUUUGUCGCCGCCUUUGUCGUCGCCUUUGUCGUCCAGUGGAAGCUGACGUUCAUCGUCAUCUCAAUCGUCCCCGUCAACAUCGUUGUCACCGUCAUCUGCGUCAUGUUUGACAUGGUCUACGAGUACAAAAUGUUUGACAUUUACAGCAAGUCGGGCACCAUCGCCGAGGAGGCCUUUGCCACCAUCCGCACCGCCCACGCCUUCUGGGCCUUUCCCAAGCUUUCCCGCCGCUUCUCCAACAUUCUUGAAGAAGCCCGCCAGGUUGGCAACAAGAAGUCGCUGGUUUAUGCCAUUCUUUUCCCCUUUGAAUUCUUUUGCAUCUUUGCUGGGUACGGUCUGGCGUUUUGGCAGGGCAUGCGCAUGUAUGCCAGUGGUGAGAUUGCCCAGCCUGGUACAGUUGUAACUGUCAUUUUCGCCGUCCUGGUGGCCGCUCAGGCCCUUACCCAGAUUGCGCCCCAAACUGUCGCCGUCUCCAAGGCCGCCGCCGCCGCCCAUGACAUGUUUGCCGUCAUCGACCGCAAAUCCGCCGUCGACUCGCUCUCCACCGCCGGCACAACCAUUCCCGACUUCCAGGGCAACAUCAAAGUCUCUAACAUUGAUUUUGCAUAUCCUUCUCGCCCAGACGUACCCAUCCUCAAAAACUUUAGCAUCGAGAUUCCCGCCAACAAAACGACCGCCUUUGUCGGGGCCAGCGGUUCAGGAAAGAGUACGCUAUUCGGCCUGCUCGAGCGUUGGUACCCGAGCUCGGCGGGUGAGAUUACGCUCGACGGCCAUAAUAUAACCGAUCUCAACUUGCAAUGGCUACGCACUAGCAUGCGCCUCGUCCAGCAGGAACCUACUUUGUUCACCGGCAGCAUCUACCAGAAUGUGGUGGAUGGUCUAUCUGGUACUGCCAUGAUUGACUUGCCCGAUGAAGAAAAGCGGCGUCUCGUUCAAGAAGCCUGCGAAUCUUCAUACGCCCACGAUUUCAUCUCCGAACUUCCCAAUGGCUAUGACACCAUGAUUGGCGAGCGUGGUGCCUCUCUUUCAGGCGGCCAGAAACAACGAAUCGUAAUUGCGCGCAGUAUCAUUUCGAAUCCCAAAGUUCUUCUCCUGGACGAAGCCACCAGCGCCUUGGACCCCAACGCCGAAAAGAUUGUCCAGACUGCGCUCAAUAACGUCGGCAAAGGACGAACCAUGAUUGCCAUUGCCCAUCGCCUCUCUACUAUUCGCACUGCCGAUCAAAUUAUCGUCAUGUCCAAAGGCCAGGUCCUCGAAACCGGCACCCACUCCGAGCUCAUCAAAAUGAAUGGCAAAUAUGCAGCCCUGGUUCGUGCCCAGGACCUUGGCGACGGCGACGGUUCGGCAGAUACCGACGGCAAUGGAGAAGAGACCAAGCCCGAGGAAGUCCUCGAGCUUGCUGCUUCUCGUGCAUCAGUCGGCGCGCAGAGUGUACAAACGCAGACCGAAAAGGGCCCAACUUAUGGCCUAUUCACGGGACUAUGGAUCAUCAUCAAGGAGCAGCCCGAGCUGUGGUGGUACCUUUUCAUCAUCUCGCUCUGUGGUAUUGCUGGCGGCGGCACGUAUCCCGCGCUAGCCGUGCUGUUUGCGCAGACUAUGGAUGCCUUCACCACUGUUGACGUACCCAAGGCUAACUUUUACGCCCUCAUGUUCUUUGUGGUCGCGCUCGGCAAUCUCGUUGCCUAUGCCAUUUCCGGGUGGCUCAUCAACCUUGUUGGACAGCAUGUCAUGAAGUUUUACCGUGCCGAGCUCUUUGACAACACCCUCCGCCAGGACAUGACGUUUUUCGACAAGCCCGAGAAUAACACUGGCUCUCUUGUGUCCCGCGUCGCUUCUGAACCGACCAGUCUACAGGAGCUGCUCUCCAUCAACUGUGUCCUCAUCCUCAUCACCGUCGUCAACAUCCUUUCCAGCGUCAUUCUGGCCCUGUGCUACGGGUGGAAGCUUAGUCUUGUGCUGGCUCUUGGUGGACUCCCUGUCCUGGUCGCCUCGGGCUACCUUCGCAUCCGUCUCGAAUACAAGUUUGAGACAGACACGGCCGAUCGCUUCUCUCAGAGUAGUGGUCUUGCCUCUGAAGCCGUCAUGGGCAUCCGUACCGUGUCCUCACUGGCCCUCGAGCAGGCCAUCAUUUCCCGCUACCACGACUCGCUACAGCACAUUGCUGCCGAUGCUAUUUCUGGCCUUGGUUGGAAAAUGUUAUUUUACUCUCUCAGCCAGUCUAUCUCUCUCCUCGUCAUGUGUCUGGGCUUCUGGUACGGUGGCCAGCUGAUCUCUACCGGCGAGUACACCACGGCCCAGUUCUACGUGAUCUUUAUCGCCAUCAUCUUUUCCGGCGAAGCCGCCGCGCUCUUUUUCCAGUACACCACGAGCAUCACCAAGGCCGGCACCGCCAUCAACUAUAUCCUGCGCCUCCGUCGCACGCGCGUCCUGUACGACAGCGAUGGCGAAUCGAGUUCCUCCAGUGCAGAAAAGGCCGGUGAACCCGUCACGGGUAAGGAGGUCAUCUGCGACGAUAUCCAUUUCGCCUACCCGCUGCGCCCCAGCCUCAAAGUUCUCCGCGGCAUUGAGAUUGGGAUCCAGCCUGGUAGCAUGGUCGCCUUUGUCGGCGCCUCGGGUUGCGGUAAGUCGACCAUGAUUGCGCUCCUACAGCGCUUCUACGACCCGACUUCCGGCACGCUACGUGUCGACGGCCUCAACGUCACGCAGUAUGACCGCUCACAGUACCGUCGCGAUAUUGCGCUCGUGCAACAGGAGCCUGUGCUCUACCAGGGCUCCAUCCGGGACAACAUUUCCCUGGGUAUCGAGUACGGCGAGCCUUCCGACGACGAAAUCAUCUCGGCAUGCCAGCAGGCCAACGUCUGGGAGUUUGUCUCCUCGUUGCCCGACGGCCUGCGCACCACGUGCGGCAGUCAGGGCCUUUCGCUCUCAGGCGGCCAGCGGCAGCGCAUCGCCAUUGCGCGCGCGCUCAUCCGCACCCCACGACUGUUGCUCCUCGACGAGGCCACGUCGGCGCUCGACACCGAGUCAGAAAAGGUGGUCAAAGAGGCGCUGGACCGCGCCGCUGCAGGGCGCACCACGAUUGCGGUCGCGCACCGCCUGAGCACCAUUCGCGACGCGGAUACGAUUGUAGUAUUUGGCAAGGGACGCAUUGUGGAGCGCGGGACGCAUGAGGAGCUCAUUGCGCAAAAUGGCGUGUAUUACGAAAUGGUCCUCGGACAGUCGCUGGAUCGUGAGGCUUGA